AUGGAGUCCGAUCUCGUAUUCCUUCUGCGAAGGCUUAUUCGUCGAGCAGGAAGUGGCUCUAAAACACCCCUUAGUCGCCAAAUUAUAAUAACCACUGCAAGACCAGAAUCAUCCACCAAAAUCCUCCUCACUAUUCCAGAAUCUUCAACCCCUAAAUCCCAGCUGCCAUAUGGCCCUAUACCCAAACAGAACCCUACCACAAAAACACCGGUUGACCCUAAACCCCUUCUUAUCCUCAAACCAAAAAAACUCCCAUUAACAGUUCCUGUCGUCCCAAACCAAUCAUAUAUCUCAGCAUCAACCCCACUCCUCCUACUCACAAAUCAAGAUGUUGACCAUCAACCUCCAGCCACAUCUCAGAUAGCAACACAGACUGGUUUGCUUUUGUUUACCUCAGCACAAACCACCGCGAACGAGAAGAACAUAGAAGAUACCUUGGCCUUCCCCUUGGAGGCUGUGCUGAGACACCCACCUAGUGUUUGUGCUGAGAUUUCCAAGCUAAUUGCAAAAUUCUGGUGGUAA